UACAAAUGCUCAGACAGUUUCGUUCUCUCGUGCAGAGUGGAAGUUGUGUCUCCUUUCUUCUGCGUCGGUUAUUCUUCGUUUUCGUUGAUAUACAACAUCGUGGUAGAAGAGCGACCGGGGAAGAAGCAAUAAACAAUAAAAGCACGUAGACACGUGCUACGGGGCUAAGCCUACACACGGGGAAACGUGUAUACGCGAGUGAAGAACUAACGGAAGAGUACCUCGAAGACAGGAACAGUGAUCGUGAACAGUGACUCUUGGUUCGCUGGUCCUCGUCGGUUUUGCUUUUCUGGCCUCGUUUAUUCUACCGCACGCGCCGUUUAGGUGCCAUCGUCGGAUUUCAAAGAAGACCGCCGCAUCGAAGCAUCCGUGUUUUGCUGAUGCGUCGUUGCCGCAUUGUCGUGACGCGAUUCGUCGAGCGUGCCGUGGUCCGCAGCCAGUCAGAGCGGCUGGCGAACGGUACGGAGUGGUGAGAGACUAGCAAGUGAGGGGAAGAAAGUGAUAGUGUCGUCAGUUCUCGCUCGGACUCUGUGACUUACAGAUCGUACGAAGAUCUCUGGUGAAAACUGCAAAAAAAGAGAGAAAAGAAACGAUUGAAUCAUAAAACGGAUGGUGCGUAGGAGGACGGUGUCCAUAGUAUGACGAUCGCGAGUGGUACUUCCUGCCGAGUUCGCGUUCGCACGGGAUUAGGCGCCUCGUGAACGAUACUCGUGACUGGAUCCGAGGAGCUCCACGGAAUAAAGAUCGUAUACGUACGGAAUGCGCCUUCGUAGUUGGCACAUUGUACGACCAGUGCGCCCACGCGAUCGUGUAAUCGAUUGAUCGCACGCAGGUGCCGAGAAACGUGCACGCGCGCGUCAGAAUUCACCACUGACGGAAAAGUGGUAGUUACGACUUAGUCAACCUAGAAUCCGCAGUCGAUUUUUGGUUUACUGCUUCAGAAACAGCUGCGCAUAGAAAACGCUGAGGAAAAAGUGACCGGUGGUAACUCGAUUAACCCGGAUAAACAGCCGGUGAUCGAUCUGAUAAUCUCGGGGUGUUCCGUUGAUUUUCUUGACGUCGAACGGUACUAGAAAAGGGCGGCAAACUGUACGGGCACAGGGAGGAAGACAUGCUCACGAUGGAGACGGACAUGAAGGGCGGCAAUCUGCACGCUCAGAUGCCACCGCAUCCGCACCAGGGCGUAUCGCCGAUGGGUCACCACACGGGGAUGUCUCCUUACGGUAGUCUCGGCUCGAUAGUUCACAGCCCGGCGCUAUCGGGAAGUCCGCCCAGCGCGGGCGGUCUGAGUCUUGGUCUUCAGCAUCAUCAUCAGACAUCUCAGCAUCAUUAUAGUUCGAUGGCAGCCGCCGCCGCUGUUCAGCAACAGCAGCAAAACAUGCACGCAAUGGCAGCGCAACAGAGUGCUCAGCAGCAGCAGCAACAGCAGCACCAUUCUCAUCAACAACAGCAACAAUCGCAAUCGCAACAGCAUCAUCAGCCUAAUAAUCAUAGCAAUCCUAAUAAUCCCAACAACCCUAGCAACUCUGCCAACGCCAAGAACAACAAUAUGGACCGCGUGAAGAGGCCGAUGAACGCCUUUAUGGUAUGGUCGCGCGGUCAGCGGCGCAAGAUGGCUCAAGAAAAUCCGAAAAUGCAUAACUCUGAGAUCUCGAAACGCCUCGGCGCCGAAUGGAAACUCCUUAGCGAGUCGGAAAAGCGUCCGUUUAUCGAUGAGGCGAAGCGAUUGCGCGCAGUUCAUAUGAAGGAGCAUCCGGAUUACAAAUAUCGACCACGACGCAAGACAAAGACGUUACUCAAGAAGGAAAAGUUUCCGCUCGCUGGCGGCGUCACCGGUGUUGGCGGUAUGCUCGUCGAUCAGCGACAAGUUGUCACCAGCGGCGGGCCGCAGCAGCCGCAAUUGUCGCGUGAUGUCUAUCAAAUGUCCAACGGCUACAUGCCUAACGGUUACAUGAUGCACGACCCAACAGCCGCGUACCAGCAACACGUCGCAUACGGCGGUCACAUGGGGAACGCUGCGGCGGCCGCUGCAGCCUCGGCUGCUGCCUACCCCAGGUACGACCCUAUGAGCCAUCACAUGGGCGGCGGUAGUCCCAGCCCUAUCAACAACUACAUGAACGGAUACGGCGGAUACGGCGCUACCACUGUGCCCGGCGGCUCGCCGUCACCUUAUCACCAGGCUCAACCGGGCUCUCAGAUGUCAAGUCAUAGUCCGAGCGGCAGUAGCAUAAAAUCCGAACCGACGAGCCCGGCGAGCGGCGGCAUCCACACGCCGACGCCGACGGCUGGUCCAACAUCGACGAGCGCGGCUGCGGUCGCCAACCAGGCCGUCAAGCGGGAAUACAUGGGCCAGCAGCAAGCGAGCCAGCAAACGUCGCAGGGCGACCACCUCAGGCACAUGAUCUCGAUGUAUCUACCACACGGCCCCGAUCAGCCCGGUGCGGGCGUAUACUCGCCGGGACCAUCGCCGGACUCUCUGCAGCAUCACGCCAUACAACCGCUCUCACACAUGCACUAGUCAAUCACGAGUUUAUCAAUAGUAACAUCUCCAUGGAUAGGCUCGGAGAAAUAUGACUAAAGAAACGAAGCAUAAUAUUUACAUUUAAACGGAAAGGAAUGUUUUGGAUCAUUGUAACCGACGAUAUAGUCUUCGCAUUGCCAGAUGAGAUUUGAUCGAAAGAACCAUGCGUUCGACUCGCGACGCUAAUCUUUUAUCAUUGAAUUGCUGACAAAGUUUUACAAAGGAAUCUCGUAGCUUAAAAAAAUGGCAAGCUUGGAUGGACGCCUGUACGAAUUGGAAUCCUGUAGAGAAAAGAAAAAAGACAGAAUAAGGAGGAAAACGAGGAAGUGCGAUAUAUAUAUAUAUAGAAUGCAUAAUAAUAAAGAAAAACGAGAACGAGAGAAAGCGAGAGAGAGAGAAAAGAGAUAAAGAGAGAAAGAAAAAACAAGAUAGAGAACAAUUUUCACGGAACUACGAGAGAGAGAGACGAGAACGAAUCGACCUCUCCGCUCUCGGUACUCGAGAGACCGCGCCUUCGCUCGCAUUCACGUCGCACGAAAGAUUCUCUCCAUCAUCCUCGUCCAUGUGCUGCACAUUAUCAUCGCCGUCCCUAUUCGUCUAUAGGGAUAUCCACGGAGACAUUCGGUCUGUGUAGAAGGCGUCGAUAAUACAUUAUUUGCAAGUGCGCUUUGCGAAAUUGCGACGUUACCAAAGAGAGGAAUCCUAUUCGAGCGGACGUUAUAUCCACAUUGGUUCCAUUUGGAUUCUGGCAACGCAGACAUUUCAUUUAACUUAUAUAUUCGAUUAGUUUAUAUAUAAUUUUUUUUUUUACUCGAGAUGAGAUGUUAUAAUUCGAGAUUGUACGAGACUCGAUUGUCCUUCGUAAGCUCCAUCAUUUCUAGCACUGGCGAUAGAGGAAUAUUAUCGUACCUCGCUAAGAAAAGAAAUUAUUUGCUCUAAGAAAGAAAAAAAAAAUGUGCGCAUGUGAUAAGUAAUUUGUUAAAGAGACGAAAAGAUGGUUUUUUUUUUUACAUAUAGUAAGAUUUUAAAUAGAUUAUAAGUAUUGUUGCAAGACAUAUGUAGAUAAUAUAUUGCAAGAUAUUAUCUCUAACUAUUAAUAUAGUUGUUGACAUUAAUUUUUGAUGACACGUCGUGUGUACAUAUCGAUUAUAAUUUUCUCACUUAUUUCGUCUACAUGUAAUCCGCAAUAAAUGUAUAAAGUGGAAUAUCUAAAACACACGUAAUAUUUAUCGUAGUUUGAAUAAUGCGACGGAAUAUAUAUAUAUAUAAUGUGAAAAUUAUAAUAUAAAUAUUGUACUAUACUUAGUUAUUACAACUAAAGGAGUAAGGAGAAAAAAUAUUCGAGAAACAUUCAAAAUUACGUAGCUUAUAUUGAUUUAGAUGUUCUGCAGACACACACGUGUAGACGCCUAAGUUUGUAUAUUAUAUGUUUGGUUUUAGUUUAAAUUUUAGUUUACGCACGACUUAAUAU